GCCAAGGAGGAGAAGGAAGGAAGGAGGAGCCCUGCCUCGGGAGGCCGAGAGGAAAGAGGUGCUGCCGCUACUAGGCCUCGGCCUCCCUCUCCGCCCCUUUCGCAACAAGCCUCCCUUCCUCCUUCUUCACAGGCUUUUCCAUUUGCUGACGUGGGCUAGACAGCAGACCAAACUUUAAAGUUCGUACUCAGCCUGACCCUUUUCAAAACAUCUCCAUGGAAGGUUUGCCUGAUUUGAAAGGAGCUUACUGUUCUGUUAUGAGAUGCAGUGUUUAACACACCGAUUGGAACUGUUUCCUGACUGCCUUGUUACUCUGAUCCUGUUUAAUGAUGUGAAAAAUGCCACCACUUUAAGGAAAAAAGCAAUGGAAGGUGCUAUUGAUGGAGCAUUAAUUAAUCCUGCAAUGGUUGUUGAUCCAUUUCAGGUACUUGUGGCAACAAAUAAAGCUGUUCAUCUACACAAGAUUGGUAAAAUGAAGACAAGAACACUUAAUGCAGAAAUAAUAUUCAAUCUUUCACCAAAUAAUAAUAUUUCAGAUGCCUUCAAAAAGUUUGGCAUUUCAGACAGUGACACUGCAGUUCUCAUUGUCCUGGUUGAAGAGGAAAAGAAAACUGUGAACUUGGAAGAUCUAAUAUGUCAAGUGGAAGGUCGGCAAGUUCCUCUAGCAGAUCUUCCCAAAAUAACAGAUCUACAGAAAGUUAAAAAGAUGUAUAAGCUUACUCCACAAGAAGAAAAAAUUGGUACCCUACUGGAUGGCAUCAUUUGUAGAAUGGCAACCAAAGAUGUUUCAUGAGAAGAUACAACUACAUCAGAACAAUUGUAGACUGUUUUUGAUGCAAAUGUUUAUUUUAAUUUUGUUUGUUUGUCUGAAUUUCUAUAUUGUAUUUAAAAACAGAAUUUGGCAUUGUUUUAUUACAUGGAUGGCAUGCUCCUUUAGAUAAUGUUUUUAUUCCCUUUCUUUGUAUAUAAUAUGAUUAUGCCAUCAUACUCAAAGUGGCCUGUAAUUUAAAAUAUUAAAAAUAUACAAUUCAGCAUUCCCUUAAAUUA